UGUGGGUCGUUGCAUUCAUGGUUUCCGACUUUAGAAGUUGGAGUUUCCGACGGUCCCUGGAGGCAGCACAGCUUACAGCAGUGUGUGAGGACAUCAACCAGCAGCUGCAUGAGAAAACAUGUUUUCUACUAUGUUUUAGUUUAUGGUCAUGGCUAAACAGUACGACGUGUUGUUCAGGCUGCUCAUGCUCGGAGACUCUGGGGUUGGGAAGACUUGCAUGUUGCGCAGGUUCACGGAAAGUGAAUUUGAUCCUUCACAUAUCUCCACCAUCGGAGUUGAUUUUAAAAUGAAAACGCUAGAAAUAGAUGGAGUCAAGGUGCGAGUACAGAUAUGGGACACGGCUGGUCAGGAGCGUUAUCAGACCAUUACCAAACAGUACUACAGGCGAGCACAGGGUAUCAUCUUUGUAUACGACAUCACAAACAGGCCAUCCUUUCAGCACCUCGCGAAGUGGGCCAGUGAUGUGGAUGAAUUUGCCCCAAACAUGGUGCAGAGGAUCUUAGUAGGAAACAAAUCUGAUGAGGAGCUCAGGAGGCAAGUGACAACGGAACAAGGAAACAAGCUAGCAGAAGCUUAUGGGAUGGAGUUCUUUGAGACCAGUGCCGCCACCAGCAAUAACAUCAGUGAGUCAUUCACUCGUGCGGCAGAACUGGUGCUGCAGGCUCACAAGAGAGAUGUUGACAACUUGUUGGGAUCUCUGGAUGAUUAUCUGGAGAAGGUCGGUUUGGAUGACGAGAAGAGCAGACAAGAUGUGGACAACAGGACCUGUGCCUGUUAGAAAGAGAGCCACCACAGUGCCAUGACUCGUACUGCAGCUAGAGAUAUUUGUUCUCCACCAUGAUUUGACUCUGUCUUCUUCAUAGAUACUGUCACCUGUUGACCAGCAGUGUGCACGAUUGUUUUCACUUUUUUGUAAGUUGGUCAUCUUACAUGGUGGAAAAAUGCAGUAAGUGGCAACAACCAGCAGAGGGCCAAUUCUGUUGCAUGAUCAUUGAACUCAGCCAGUGACUAGUAUACCUACAGUGUAUUUCCUGGGCAAAGUGCAUUGUACUUUUUGGUGAAAAUCUUUUCUUUCUUGUUACUUCUUCAAGUUUCACACACAGGCUACACGUCUACAAACUUAUUGGUCAAAUGUGGAUCCAUUUCCAUAAAAAUCUGUUUAUUAAGGUGCAUCAAGUGUAUACGCUACAACAAAUGAAGCCAGAGGAGAGAGUUGAAUUAUUUACACUUCGAAACUCAAACCAAGCAGGGAUGGAUUCAUUUACACAAUGGACUUAUUUCCUCAAGAGGGACAGUGUUGUGCCAUGUUCAGUGACCUUUCUGAAUGCAGUACAUGUUUGUUUACCAUCCUGAAUGUAUGUGUACAGUUUGUUUUAUGAAUGUGACCGCCAUCGCCUAGUCUGUGUUGUGCAUUUAAGCAGCGUUACUGCUGCCUAAAAUAAUGUUUUCAGGUGCUAGGGGUGCCACAGAUAUUUAAUUUUAAUAUAAUGUUUAAAACUUGAG